AUGUUAAGGUGUCAAAUAUUGAUAUUUAUAAUAACGACGGUAAAUGUAAUUACUGCCUUGGAUAUAGAACUAGUACCUGUAAAGCCGCGUCAUCGCUUGAAACGAGGUAUUCUUUGGUCUUGUUAGUUUUGGCUAUUUUUUUAAAUACAAAAUUUAUUUUUUAUUUUACUAUGUUUUACAAAAAAAUGUACUUUGAUAGAUCAAAAAUAGUUAAAAGUCCCGUUUUUUACAUUUUAAAGUUGAAAUUUUAGGUACAAACUCGACAGUAACAGUUGGAUUAGAGAACAAUUACAAUGUUCGCUACGUUGGCAAGAUUGGUGUAGGUACUCCACCUCAAACGGUCCAGCUUGUCUUUGAUACUGGCUCUAGUGUAUUUUGGGUGCCUGAACAUAAUUGUAAAAGUACUGGGAAACCUCAAAUUGCCUGCAGGUACAAGUCCAAGACUUACGAUCCAAAGAAUUCGACCACUUCAAAGUUAUUGUAUGUUCAUGGUCUGAACGUAUCGUACUCCUUGGGCAAAGCUUAUGGUGAUAUGAGACAGGAUACGUUGUGGGUCAGUUAGUUAAACUAGGCUUAAUCUAAAUGCAGAUUUAUAAAAAGUUUCAAAAAAUAUUGUUGUAUUGCUUAACUUAAUACAAGUUUUCACUUUUGAUGCCGUGGUAUUAAACCGUGGUAUCAUCAACUUAACUUAUUGUAAAGACCUUUUUGUGUCAAGAAACCAUUUUUAGAUAGGUUCUUCGUAUAAUACGCACAAAGUACCCAAUUUUAAAUUUGGCUCAAUGUAUAAAAUACACGAUUUGGACUUUGGAAUGCUAGGCCUAGCUCCGAAACGGCCCACCACCUCUUACUCUUACUUCUUCAACGAACUUAAGAAGACAUUGCCAAGGCCUUUGUUCAGUAUUCAUUUGAAGAGUUGUCCUACGGGUUACUGUACCUCUGGAGGAAAUGUCAAAUUCGGAAGUUUGGAUUACAGUAACUGCGAGAAUACUGUAAUUUGGACAAAAAAUUUGAAUCCAAAGCACUGGACAUUCAAAGUGGACUCUAUGUGGGUUGGGGAUACUGUACUUAAUACUGAUUUUACGGUAAGUGAAAUUUGUUUAGGGACUGUAUGUAUUACUACUGUAUUAUGGCAUAUAGUCAGUAUAACAAUACUACCAAACAAUUUUAAAAACACACAUAAUCUUCUGAUAAAAAUAUUGUUUUAGGCCAUAACAGACAGUGGGCACUCCUACACCCAACUAGAUCACUCGACCUUCCUCAAGUUCCUCAAAGCUGCCAAAAUCACUAAAAACAGAAACCCAACAACAUAUACGAUACCAUGCGACCAGCUCUUCUACCUUACUCUGACAGUUAACGGCCGUUCAGUGGAUAUACCAAGCUACGCCUUCGUAGGCCGACAGUACGGUAACAACUGUGAACUUACUAUAAUGGAAGGGCCAAAGGUAAUCAUGGGUCAAGCCUUUUUAAGAGCUGUUUGUAACCAUCACGACUACGACAACAACAAAAUUGGCUUUUCUAAUGUAAAAACUGUUCGUUAUGAUGAAUAUAUGUAA